GCUCUGAAACUUCAGUGCCCCGGCAUUAGCCGUCGUUUUCGGACGUGUGGUCUGUGACGAUUUGUUCUCGGUCGCGAGUGAUGACAUUACGAUGUCGCGUGCCGCUCAUAAUUUAAAGUGUGUUCAGUGAAUGGUUCGAAUAAGUGUUACAGUUUGGCUGGCUCCACUACAUCGCCGCACUAAAAUGUUAACGAUGCAGCGCCUCCUCCACAUCACACUUAUCACCACCAUCGCAGCGGACCGCGCCUACUCCCAAGAAGAACACCAAGGACCCCAAACCUGUGGAGGGCACUUAAAAGGCCCCGUUGGGGUCAUCCAGACCCCUAAUUUCCCCAGUGCGUUUCCUGUACCGAUAAAAUGCCGAUGGAUAAUAGAACACGAUAUUAUGAACGGAACUAUAUCAGUGUAUUUCACACAGCAGUACACCACAAGUGGUUUAACUUUUACGGAAUACAUGUACUACGAUGAAUUCUACAAGCUCGGGGAGCGACGGGCGCUGACGGUGACAGAAGAGAACAUAACGAAGAUCAAAUGGCUUCAGGUGCAAAGCCCGGUCUUAGUCGUGGAGCUGACACUGAAUAGAUUAGAAGGGACCCAACUGAGGGCUUUAGGACUCCUGUCCGUGUUUGGGUUCAACGUGACAUACGCCGUUCGGGCGCCAAGCGAGGGUCCCGGGCCGGCAUCGUGUAGCGCUAUCGAGUGCCGCUUACUUGGGCAUUGCUACGCACAGCAUAACUAUCAGGAGUUUUACUGCUCGUGUUUCGAGGGGUACUCCGGAGCGGACUGUGGAGUGGGCCCGCUGUGUCCGAGGACGUCCAAUAUGUGCAAAAACGGCGGUACCUGCAGACAGAUGGGUCCGGCGGCGGUGAGCUGUAUCUGUGCUCCUGGAUACACCGGUGACUUGUGCGAAUCCCAAAUUGCUGAGCCAGAGUGUGGUAUAGAAGAGUGCUCAGACGGCUGCAAAGAAGAAAGCACGUGCGACUGUCAUCCAAAAGACUCUGAUUUCACAUCAGCACGCUUUGAAACAAGACUGCAGAUAGUGGACCAAGCAAACAUCAACAUAUCGCAAGAAAUUGUAAAACAGAUAACAAAUUAUUUAAAAGCAUCGAAUAUUACGUUAGAAGAUGAAACUGAAGUUUUAAACAUAAGUUCUCCAGAUGUUAACGGAGGUAGAACAGUGUGGUUGCGCCUGUGGGGGGCAAGACGGGACGCGGGUGCACUCCGAGCGGCGCUCGUCCGGCUCGCGGCCACGCGGGCGCGCUCAGACCGCUUACGGAUACUGCCCGCUAAACAACACUUCUACAUGCAACCAGCGCUCAGUUUACAGGGUUUAACAGUAAAUCAACGUCCGGAAGUGUGGGAAGGCUCAGAGUUCAUAUUGAGCUGUAUGGCAUACGGCUCCCCAGAUAUCGUGUUCACAUGGUACAAAGAUGGAGUGAGAGUCAACUUCAACGGUACCACCAGAGACAUGUGGACUCGAACAGUAGUAGAAGACGCACUAGGACGUCGCAUGUCAGUAUUGGGCAUAUCGGAAGCGCAGCGGCCUGACAGUGGCAAGUGGUCUUGUUCAGCCGACGAUGCUGGUAGACGACGCUGCCGUGCGUUAAGACUGACCAUAUUAAGGCCACCUGAUAUACGACUCAUGCCGUCCUCACUGACUGUCAAUAAAGGUGACAACGUGAGCAUCACAUGCUUGGCUGGUGCUGGACGAAUCCACGGUGCUCUAGGAUUUAGUUGGGCAAGGGAACGUACUUUGCUCCCUCUAGUGCCAGGACGCGAGGUCUGGGAAGAUCUUUACCCAGCUGGCAGCGUAUUGAAGCUUUAUAACGUACAGAAAUCAGGCGAGUAUCGCUGCAAAGUGUCGUCAGUGGCGGGCACCAUCUCCAAACGUGUAACGGUCUGGGCGCUGGGUCCUAAUGAGCCAGCAUGCAGCGCAGACGCAGCACUCGGACUCCGCUGGCCACGUACAGCGCCCGGGGCGCUUGCAGCCGCACCCUGUCCACCUGGACAUAUCGGAGAUACCACCAGAUUUUGCGAACCGAAAACUGGCCAACACGGAGUCAAAUGGAUGAUGCCAGAUUUCUCAGACUGUAUCGCAGACUCGCUCAAAGAUAUUUAUGAACAAUUCAGCCGCAUCUGGUACGGGUACUCCUGGGCUAACGUAUCGCACGUGGCGCGGCAAUACGGCGCUGUACUGCGUUCACUACCAGCACGACCUGGGGAUGCAGCGCGACCAUUGCAGCACGCGCGUAGCAUGUUGAACUAUCUGCGUUCAGUCGCUGCCACGCCGGCAGACCGCGCUGCAGCCGCUGAACAUCUACUGAGGAUAUACGACGCACUACUCAGACACCCCGAUGCCUUCCUUGAUGAAGAGAAAAUCUAUGAACUUCAAAAUGCAAUAGCCGAUACGGCGGCCAUGAGAGACCAUUUAGACCUACGGCUUCACGAAUUCACAGUCAAAACUAUACCAGUCCGUGACGACAACGCUGCUCAUUUCGACCUUCAACCAAACACAGGGUCCGAGGAAUGGCAGCUGACUUCGGUCGGAGUGGAACUUGUAGGAAGAACUGGCAAUGCUUCAGUGGUGGCCAUACAGUAUCACAAUUUAGCAGCUAGAUUACCCUCUUUGAGAAGAUCUAUUGAAUUCAGCAAAGGAUCUUCCAGAAAUGGCCGUGAACUAGAGUACGAGGUGGCAUCUCAACAGCUACAACUGGGGGCAAGUGGCGCCGUCGACUCAACGAUGCAGCACACAGUCACCUUGCUGUUCACACACAUCAAGAACCAUAGUACUGUCGGGUCGAAGAUGUCGUGCGGCGUCCGCAGCGCUCGGCAGCCCCGCGCGUGGAGCUCGGAGCGGUGCGAGGCGCGAGCGCCCGAGCCCGCGCUGCUGGCGUGCCGCUGCCGCGGGCUCGGCACGCUCGCACUCUUCACCGUCGCACGCUCCGCCCUGACAGACUCAGAGAAAGAUCUUCGUGGAAUCGUCAAGAUUACAGCCAGUUUAGGAGGUGCUAUGUGCUUGGUAGCGGCAGCGCUGCAACUCUUGGGUCUUGUUCCUGGAAGGAGAGUGAAGUUGCCAGUGCUACUGAAAGCCGCGACAGCCGGUACUCAUUCUGCUGCGAUAUUGACAUUGUUGGAGUGUGAUACUAGACAGGAGGAGGCGUGCCCGGGCGCGCUGGGCUGGGUGUGCGCGGCGUGCUGGUGCGCGGGUUGCGCCGCGCUGUGCGCGCAACCGCUGCUUCUGCAGGCCGAGCUGGCCGCGCGUGCGCAGCGUGCGCCCUCUGUGGCACUGCUAGCAGGCGUGUGCACGCUGGCGUGGCUGUCGGCGCGGCUGUGGGGCGGCGCGCCGCUGCAGGUGGGCGCGGCGGCGGCGGCGGUGUGCGCGGCGGGCUGCGCGCUGCUGGCCGCGCUCUGCCUCGCGCUCGCGCUCUGCGCCGCCGCGCGCCUGCGUGCGCUCGCGCACAAGGUGCCGCCCGAGCGCAGGACCUACCUCCGCGACAGGGGCCGCGUGAUCCGGCACACGCUAGUGCUGCUGCUGACGACAUCGGCGACGCAGGCGGCGGGCGUGGCGUACGCGCAGCCCGGCCCGCGCCGCCUCGCGCUCGUCGCCGCGCUCUCCACCGCCGCGCUGGCCAACGGCGUGGCGAUGGUGGUGUGCUACGUAGUUCGCGACGAGGAAUGCGUGCGGGCGGCGCGACGUCUUCUGUCACUACCAACCCGCGACUGGCAUGCACACGACUCGCCCGCUGGCGACACGUCGCUAAGCCUGUACAUAAAGCAAGGAGGUGAGGUGGAAAGCCGCGGCGGUGUGGGCGUGCUGGAGUCGUCGUCUUCGCCCGUGUCGCCUGCCUCUUCCUACUGGCGAGCGCCCGGACUGGAAAGCCCGACGCACGCCAGAGUACAUAGACGACAAUCAACACCAGACAGCAGAGCGGACAUAGUCCGCUGCGUAGAAUACAAAGACUCAGUUCUGAGCCCUCACCACUACGAGGGCCGCCACGUGGGCACCACGCACGCGGUGUGCGACCUCAUACCGCACGCGCCGCCGCAGCCCGAGUACAUGGCGCGGGUGUGUCUCGAGCUCGGGGUCCUCAACACGCCCCCGCGGGAAGCGCCCGCCCCCCUCCUCACGUGCUCCGUCGACUUCGAACCCUACAACGAGAAGCACUUCACCAAGGACAGCUGCGCCAUGUGCGUCCAGUCCAACCCGGACGUCUCCAAAAUCCCCUCCCCACCGAUCAAGAGCUGUCUGAAGAAAUCCAAACAGUUCACGUCGAGCACCUCUCUGCCGUCCAUUGAAAUCGUCAAGGACGACUCCAAGAGUAAAUCCGACAUCGAACAAGUGAACAGGGAGUGGAACAAAGCGUACGACUCGCCGGAUACGGACAAAAUGCUCAAUAAAAUAACGAGCGACUUAGACUUUCUGCUCAAUAGGACUCAGGAGGCGAGUAAAAGUGUUGUGCGUGAUCAAAUUGAGGAGGCGCCUACCUAGGAGUGCGACAGUAGCAUAGUUAUGUGAUAGAAUUUAGAUGAAUAAUCAAAACGAAUAACAUGGAAACAGGGGUGCAACAUGCCAAAAAAUUAGAUAUAUAAUGUAUAUAGAUAGGUAAGAUUUUUUAUAAGUUAUAUCAAAAUCUUGUAUAACAAUACUACAUGUACAUAAUAACUUUUUCUGUGAAAACGUUAUCAAAACAAGAAUAAUUAACUAUGUGUGAUAAUUUAUUUAAACAUAAACAGUACAAAAAAAACAAUUUCUAUUAUAUUAAUUUACAUAUUAGACUUACUUUGUUCCCAAAAUCUCACAAUGAUCUGAAGAUCUCUUUUCAAUCUUUCUUCUUUUUUUAUGUUAUAAAUAUAACUUAACAAGUACUUGUAAAAAAUAUAAAUCCACGUGCUAAAAUAAAAGUACCUAAUUGCCGAUAUUGUACUGGCCUACGACAAAAAAGAAUAUAAAAUCAA